AAUCGAGUUGAAUGGGUCAAGCUUAUAUGACUUUACAUCCAACACUCGUACUUUUACGCUGCCAUAUGAAGACUUUCAAAUAUUUAAAAUACGCCUGAGUAAAUAAUUACUAUCAUAAAAUGACAGGAAAAAAAUUUUUGUUUGUUGGGCCAAUUGUACAGACAAUUAAAAAUAAAUCAGCUAAAGUUGAAUUACAAAUUAUUGAGGAUGCUGGGAUACUCGUACAAGAUGGACAGAUACUUGAGGUUUUCAAAAAACCAAAAAUAUCAGAUAUAGAAGCAGAUAUUGUUACAAAAUUAGACAGAGGACAAUUUUUAGUACCUGGAUUCAUUGACUGUCAUGUCCAUGCUGUUCAGUUACCAAACAUAGGACUCGGUUAUGAUAAAAGUUUACUUGACUGGUUAGAAGCUUAUACAUUUCCACUAGAAUUAAAGUAUUCAGACAAUGAGUUUGCUGAUAAAGUAUUUGACUUUGUUGUGAGACGUACGUUAUCAUUAGGAACAACAACAGCUUGUUACUUUGCUUCGCUUUACAAUGAAGCGUCUUUGAUUUUAGCUAAGAAAGCUGCUAAAUAUCAUCAACGUGCAUUCGUUGGUAAAUUAAAUAUGGACAGAGUACGUGAUGAUAAUUAUUAUGAAAAUAAAUCACUAUCUAUUGCUAAUACUAGAAAAUUUAUUGAAGAAAUUUAUGCACUUAAAUGCUCAUUAGUCAAUCCAAUUAUAACUCCUAGAUUUGCAUUGAGUUGUAGUAUGGAAUUACUUAAAGAACUUGGUAAAAUUGCUGAAGAAUAUAAUAUUCAUAUUCAGUCUCAUAUAUCAGAAAAUAUCGGAGAGAUCGCUGAAUGCAAGUUAUUAUUCCCAGAUUGUCCGACAUAUACAGAAGUUUAUGAAAAAGCUAAAUUAUUAACAAGUAAAACUGUACUAGCACAUGGAGUUUAUCUCGAAGACAGUGAAUUAAAAAUUUUAAAUAAUCGUAAGUCAGCAAUCAUUCAUUGCCCGUCAUCUAAUACUAAUUUAAAAAGUGGGCUCUGUGAUAUCCAGAGAUUGAGAAGUAAUAAAAUAACUGUAGGACUCGGUACAGACGUAGCAGGUGGUAAUAAUUUAUGUAUACUUGAUGUAAUGAGAUCAGCAAUUCAAGUAUCAAAUCAUAUUGGAUUUAUGAAAGAUAAUUCUUAUAAGUCGAUUAAUUAUAUCGAUGUAUUUUAUUUAGCGACUUUAGGUGGUGCUGAAGCUUUGUCUAUAGAUGAUAAAGUGGGCAGUCUAGUAGCUGGAAAAAAAUUUGAUGCAUUAGUAAUUGAUUUAAACGCUAAGGACUCAUCGGUAGAUAAUUUAAAAACUUUUAGUUUAGAUGACCAAUUGCAAAGAUUUAUUUACUCAGGCGACGAUCGUAAUAUCAUACAUGUUUACGUUGAAGGACAUAAAGUUAAAUAAUUAUUUAAAUUUAUACGAUUAAAUUAUUUUUAGAUAGAAAAUUUUGUAUACUACUGUUGCAUUGAUCGUAAGCUUCAACGAAUCCUUGGCAAUUAUUGUCCUGAAAUAAUAAUUUUGUAAUUUAGAGUUUGUAAAAUAUUAAUUAUAAUAAUUA